AUGGAAAAAUCUGAAGUUGUCAUUCAAAAAAAUUGUAAACCCGUUGAAGAUCUCAAUAUGGAAAGUAUAAAUGAAAGCGAUCCAUUGAAGCCAGAUAAUAAAAACGGGAAAAAAGAAAUUACAGCAAAAGACGUGUCUUUACUAUCAAGACUGAAAGUUAUAAAACAAAACAUAACAGUGGAACCGAUUAUGGUGUGUUACGUAAUGCCUAGUGUUUUGGCUUCCUUAGCUACGCAAAAUUUGAAUCUCGAAAAAGCUUGUCUUGUCAACUUAAACUACUCCACUGAAGUAUGUGAGGCUCUUAAAGCGAGAGAUAUAGGAAAUUAUACGGAAUAUGAGGAUAAUGUGCAAUUGCUAACAGCGUAUAUACAAUCUUGGAAGAAUAUUAUACAAACAGCUUUCCCCGUUCUUAUAAUUCUGUUUGUUGGCGCGUGGAGUGAUAAAACUGGGAGACGAAAGCCUUGCAUCCUUUUGCCUAUUGUAGGCGAAUUGCUGUCGUGUAUCGGUUUCAUGAUAAAUACUUAUUUCUUCUAUGAAUUACCAGCUGAAGUGACGGCGUUGACAGAAUCUGUGUUCCCUGCUAUUACAGGUGGUUGGUAUACAAACUUUAUAGGUGUAUUCAGUUAUAUAAGUGAUAUUACAACAGUUGAAGAUCGGACUUACAGGGUUGGUAUUGCGAAUUUAUGCAUGUCUCUCGGCUAUCCCAUUGGGAGUGCGUUUAGUGGCAUCUUACUCAGAUGGAUUGGAUAUUACGGAGUAUUUUCCAUAUCAGUAUCCCUUUAUAUGUUUAGCCUUAUAUAUGGAUUCUUCUAUCUUGAUGAUACUAAACUCAAAAUUGUUGAAAAUAAGCGCAGCGGAUGUUUUGGAUUUUUUCGCGAAUUCUUCGAUUUUAGAUUAGUAAAAGAAACAUUUAAAGUAGCGUUUAGAAAGGGGCCAGGGAACAGAAGAACGCGUGUUUGUCUCCUUCUUUUUGCCGUAUUCGUUAUAUUCGGGCCAAUGCAAGGAGAGUACGCUGUUAUGUACCUAUUUGCGAGGUACAGAUUCAAUUGGGACGAAGUUAAGUUCAGCAUGUGGUCAACUUAUUGUAUUGUAACUAAUUUAAUUGGUACUGCCUUCUCCAUGUCCUUAUUUAGCGGAUAUUUCAAAGUAGACGAUACCAUAUUGGGGAUAAUAUCAUGCACCAGUAAAAUCGUUGCAUCUUUCGCGUACGGCUUCGCGAGGAACGAUCUAGAAAUUUAUUUAGCGCCGCUAUUAGAAAUGUUAAACGGCACUUCAUUUAUAGCAAUGCGUUCAAUCGCAACAAAAUUGGUUACUGGAGAAGAAUUUGGCAAAGUAAACUCGCUGUUCGGUCUAGCGGAAGCCAUGACACCACUCCUCUAUGGCCCACUAUACUCCAGGGUGUACAUGUCCACGCUGAACGUGCUCCCCGGCGCCGUCUUUAUCCUCGGAGGCCUGCUCACUGUACCGGCUAUCAUCCAGUUUGGCUGGCUCUACUUCGAACAUAAGAAAGAUAGAAAAAGAGACAUCCAUAAACCUAUAGAGUGA